UGCUUGGCAACACACAGCAUGCAUCCAAGUGAAGCACGUUCAGUGAGUGAGUCAGGAGGUUUUGAUGGGACUCUCGGAUCAACCCAGCCCCACUCCACCAGCUGAAGUCACCUGCAUGCCCAAAACAGAAGCAAAAGCUCGGGGGUUUACUUUCAGCACACAGAGUGCAUUCAUCAUAUGAGUUCAGAUGGGGCAAACAUCAGGUGCAUGAAGACUCGAGCGGAGAACAUGUAACAAAGGAGGACAGGAGCUGGAUGAUGGAUUGUAACAUCCCGAGCUUUCUCUAGGCUCUUCAGUUUGGAUCAGAACUCUGUGGAUCUUCUGUCUAGUUCAAGAUGAGUUGUUUCUGUUCAGUCCCAGAGGAGUUUUACUGUGAGGUUCUGCUCCUGGAUGAGUCCAAGCUGAUUUUAACCACCCAGCAGCAGGGAAUAAAGAAAUCAACCAAAGGCUCUGUAGUGCUGGAUUAUGUGUUCAGUCACGUGAACCUUGCCGAAACAGAGUAUUUUGGGCUUCGCUAUUGCGACUGCAGUCAUCAAACGUACUGGCUCGAUCCCUGGAAAACACUCGCUGAACAUAAAGAUUUGAUAACAACUGGACCUCCGUUCACGCUCUACUUUGGGGUGAAAUUUUAUGCUGAAGAUCCUUGUAAACUAAAAGAAGAAAUUACACGGUAUGAGUUCUUCCUGCAGGUAAAGCAGGACGUCCUGCAGGGGAGGCUUCCCUGUCCGUUUAACAUCAGCGCACAGCUGGGAGCGCUUGCUAUUCAAUGUACGUACAGCCACGUUCUCACGCCGUACUCCAAGGCAGUUCCUGCAGUGAUUGCCAAAGCAUCAGCCAUCUACAAUCCCUUCAUCUACGCCAUCGUACGCUCCAAAUACAGAGACACGCUGGCUGAGAAGGUGCCAUGUCUGCAUUUUCUUUCCCAGUCAUCACGUAAAGAAUGCAUCUCGGUGUCCAACAGCGAGUCUUCCUUCAAGGAGCCCAUGCUUAGCCGACAGUCAUCACAGUCAAAGGUCAAGCUCCAGCGAGUCUCCUCUAUGUCCACCGCAGACACGUUGUGUGUCGUGUGGUUCUCUCUGUUCAGGGGUCAGGUGCCUGCCGAGGCUGAAAAUAAUUACUUAGCAAUUGCCAAAACACUGGAGAUGUACGGCGUGGAUCUGCACCCUGUGUUUGGAGAAAAGCAGUCGGAGUAUUUCCUGGGCCUGACGCCGGUCGGGGUCGUGGUUUACAAAAACAAAACACAAGUGGGGAAAUAUUUCUGGCCAAGAAUUACGAAAGUGUAUUUCAAGGAAACCCAGUUUGAGCUGCGGGUUAUGGGCAGAGAUUGCAAUGAGACGUCAUUCUUCUUCGACGCUCCCAGUAAGACGGCCUGCAAGAACCUGUGGAAGUGCUGCGUGGAGCAUCACACCUUCUUCAGAAUGCCAGAGAACGAGUCUAAUUCACUAACAAGGAAACUGUCCAAAUUCAGCUCUCUGGGCUCGAAGCAUCGCUACAGUGGAAAGACUGCGAUGCAGAUUGGACGAGAGCAGUCUGUGACUCUGCCGCGACCCGACCUACAGGUGAUCCGAACCCGCAGCAAGACCUACCCGAAGAGAAGCACACAGCCCGCAGGGCGGAGCAACGGAGGACAGACGGUCUCCAAGAUGGAGAGCGCGAGUGAAGGCCUCAAAAGCACUGCACUAACGCCGGUCAAGAGUCCCAAAGCAAAGACAGACAGCACUUCAGAGCCGCAGAGCAAGCCCAGUGCACCAUGGGAAGAAGACGCCCCUCAAAGCGGUCUGUACAACUCGGCCAGCGAGCGGAACAAAUCUCCCAAAUUCCCCAAAGCUCACAGACGUUCACCCUCGGGAGGCAGCGAGAACGAGACGUCUCACUCGGCCCGCCGCAGAAAAGGUCAACCUACUGACGACCCACAGGCCAACAAACAAUACAGGAGGAGGUCACGUUCCCGUGGAAACACCAGCAGCGGCAGCGAAUCCGAGAAUUCCAACAGGGAACAUCGUAAAAAAAGAAACCGGUCCCGGCAGGAGAACGAGAUGGUUGACUCUGGUCCGCAGUGGGAGGUCGUGCUACGCAGACAGAAGGAAAAAAACCCCAACGAUCCCAACCAUCGGCGCUCGCGACACCGCUCACGAUCACAAAGUCCUGACGUCCAAGCUAAAGAGCAGCUCUGGAAGCACAUCCAGAAGGAGCUGGUCGAACCUUCAGGUCUCUCUGAGGAGCAACUAAAGGAGAUUCCGUACAAGAAAGUGGAAACACAAGGUGACCCGAUCAAGAUCCGCCAUUCACAUUCUCCCAGGAGCUUCCGGCAGUUUCGACGCUCCCACUGUUCGGAUGGCGAGCGGUCUGUGCUCUCCGAGGUCAACUCUCGGACCGAUCUGGUGCCUCCUCUCCCGGUUACCCGCACCGCAGACGUGCCUGGUUCCAGCUCGACCCCUGCACAGAAGAAAGGCUCCAAAGACACUCUCUCAGAGAGCUCCGAGCAGGACGCAAAAAGCACCGCCAAGGUGGUGAAGACCGUGCACACAUCUCGAGUGAAAACAGAGACGUGACCGCUUUCACAGUCGACGUGUCAAGGACGAACGGCAGGGUUGCCAGUGAAAUGAAAAGUCAAGCUCUGGUGGAGCCUGUAUGAAAACACUGAAGUUAUGCAGAUACACGGACACCCUCAAUAAAGAUUCAAGCUCCUUUCUUCAUAGUUCAUGCCAUAAAUGCAUUUCUUCACCAGUCUAGGAUUAGCCGUGUCCCUUCACAGAGGUUUGGUCGGUGUAUCACUCAAGCACACUGCAAACUUAGAAAUUAGAUUAAUUUCCUACUGACAAUCAAAUGAAGGAUGGUGGACUGUCGGUGGUGUCAAGUCUGAUAUUGCAAACAUCUCAAACUCUUUUGAACACAUUUUCUACAGUAUUAAACGUCUGUGCGCUCGAGCACCGUGUGGGAAUGAUGGUAAACAGUGCGUCGUAUUAUUAUUAUUAUUGUUCGUUGUGUCCUCAGAUUUUAGAGUCAGCUCUGCUGUAGGAAAUGUUGCUGCUGUAUUUCUAUUUUUGUUUUUGCACAAUAAUGUAGACUCGUGUAUCUUGUUUCAAAAUCACUGUAGCUAAACUGGAAGCUCAAAUUAUUGCGUUUUAACAACUUCUUGUCAAUAAAUACAUUAUAAUACAUUCAUUCUGGGGUUAUUGUACCUGUCUGGUGUCUUUGCAAAAGCAAAGUGCACUGGUUUAAAUUAUUUGGUUAUUAGGAUGUUAUCUGUGAAAUGACACACUGCAGCCAGUAGAGGGAGGCAAACAGCUUGCUUU